AAGUAUUAUAUAGUAUCGUAAAUCGUUAGAAUAUCCGAACCGGUGUCUCAACUACCAUUCUUCCCUCCAAAUUCGUCCGCAAAAUUCUUGAAAAUGAAAUUUCAAUCUCCAAACCAACUCAGAAACUCCAUGAAUGCAUAGCUUCAGAUACUGAGAAUUCCAGCAAUGACGUUACUCGAAGCCGUACCACCGCUUCAGUUGUCUUCAUCGUCUUAUUUGAACAGCAGCACCGUUAUUGCACUCACCGUCUUCUUCGCGCUUCUCUGUGUCUGUAUCAUUAUUGGCCAUCUUCUCGAGCAGAAUCCCUGGGUUAACGAAUCCAUUACUGCUCUUCUUUUGGGUUUGUGCGCUGGAGGAGUGGUGUUGCUGGUGAGGAAGUCAGAGAGUUCGCGCUUGUUAAUGUUCAGCGAGGACUUGUUCUUUCUCUAUUUGCUUCCUCCAAUCAUUUUCAAUGCUGGUUUCCAGGUCAAGAAGAAGCAAUUCUUUAAGAAUUUCUCAACGAUAUUGUUGUUUGGUGUGUUUGGUACCAUAAUAUCAUUCUGCAUAAUAACAUUAGGUGCUUUUCUGCUGUUUAAAAGAAUUGGUAUCUCAAGCUUGAGUGUCAAAGAUUACCUAGCUGUUGGUGCCAUACUGUCUGCAACAGAUUCAGUCUGUACACUUCAGGUUCUUAGUCAAGACCAGACACCCUUUCUUUACAGCACGGUAUUUGGUGAAGGAGUGGUGAAUGAUGCUACCUCUAUUGUGCUUUUCUACUCAGUGCAAGCACUAGACAUCAGCAACAUUGACGCUGGUACAGUCUUGAAGUUGUUGGGGACUUUCCUUUACCUCUUUUUCACUAGUACUGCUCUUGGUGUGUGUGCAGGUCUUGUGAGUGCAUAUAUCAUAAAAACUCUCUACUUUGGAAGACAUUCUACAAAUCGUGAAGUUGCACUCAUGAUGAUUAUGGCGUAUUUGUCAUACAUGGUGGCAGAGCUUUUAAGUCUCAGUGGGAUUUUGACAGUCUUUUUCUGUGGCAUAGUCAUGUCGCACUACACAUGGCACAAUGUUACAGAAAGCUCAAGAAUAACCACCAUGCAUGCAUUUGCAUCAAUUUCUUUCAUUUCAGAAACUUUCAUAUUCCUUUAUGUUGGUAUGGAUGCGUUGGACAUUGACAAAUGGAAAAGCAGCAGUGCAAGUGCAGGAACUUCAAUUGCUGUCAGUGCAACAUUGUUCACAUUGGUUUUGAUAGGAAGGGCGGCAUUUGUGUUCCCAAUUGCAAAUAUUAAAAACUGUGUGGGGGGAAGAGAUGGUUCAAAAAUUGAGUUUCGAGAGCAGUUCAUAAUAUGGUGGGCAGGCCUAAUUAGAGGUGCAGUAACCAUUGCUUUGUCUUACAAUCAAUUUGCAGACUAUAAGGAAAAAUCAACCGGUGAUAAAGCAUUAAUGAUUACCUGUACAAUAAUCGUUGUUUUGUUUAGCACUGUGGUCUUUGGCUCUAUAACAAAACCGCUUAUUGAAGCUGUGAUGUUUCGGCAUUCAAAACCAUCCACUUCAGAUGCAGCUGAAGCUCCAAGCCAGGAAGAUUUACAUCAGAUUCUGCUUAUCGAAGAUGGCGAUUCCACCGAUCAGGGAAACAAUCAGCCAGGACUCCCUAAAAGAAGCAGGUUAAGGCUUCUGAUCAGCAAUCCAACUACAACAGUUCACUACUUCUGGAGAAAAUUUGAUAACAGAUUCAUGAGGCCGGUUUUUGGUGGACGGGGCUUUGUUCCUUUUGUUCCUGGUUCUCCUACUGAUGCUGCAGAUCAGAAUUCUUGAAGCCAAAAGGAACCAUAUGAUUCUAAAUUUACGUAUUUCUUUUCAUGUACAAAAAGGGGCAGGGGUCACUACUCAAAAGCUCGACACUAGUAUUAAACUAAAAGUAUCAAAGCAUGGUAGCAUGUAAACAGUGCAUGCAUUUAGAAGUUUUUUAAAGCUUUAAUCAGAAGUUACAAUAUCUUUUAGUUUA